CCGCCCCCCAUCGCCCUUUCAUCUUUCUUACUUCUUCCCUCCUUCUCCUCCUCUUCUUCUUCUUUCUUUCUCCCUCCUACUUUCUCUCCUUCAUCCCCUCGGGCCUGUCUCGAUUUGUUUUUCUCCUUUCAAGGGUCGGACCUGACAAUAUACUAGAGGCCAUCGUGCUUCUCUCCCGCCCUACACCUCUGACCACCGCUUCACUCUUUCAGCGGGCUUUCCUUGCGAUAACCCCAAUUCGGAACACUCCCACAACCACUACAGCCACUCUCCAUCCAUCCCUCCUUGCCAACCUUGCAAAAUGAAGGGCGCUUUCCUUGCUACCGCUGCCGCUGCCCUCGCCGGUACGGCUCUGGCUAAUGGCGCACACCGCCGCCAUGCCCACGAGCCUUUCCACCAGCGCCGUGCUGUCCAGGCCGGUGCUUCCGACGACACCUGCAGCUGCUCCACCGAGGUCGUCACCGUCUGGGGAACUCCUACCCUGGUGCCUGUCUCUACUGCCACCGAGACCGUCGUCUCCGAGGUCGUCACCACCCUCCACUCGACCAGCUACACCACUGUGACCGUCGUUGCUACUCCUGGCGAGUCUGCCGGUACCGUCCCCGCUGGAGGAUCCCCCGGUGAGGCUUCCGGCACCACCCCCGAGGGUGUCGCUGCCACUGGCGCAACGGGCGUGCCUGUCGUUCAGACCACCUCGACCCCCGCUGCGGCCGUGCCCACCUCCAGCGCUGUGGCGCUGCCCACCCCUGAUGUCACCACCUUCGCUUCGACCGGUGUUUACACUAUCCCUGCGUCCACCGUGACCGUCAGCGACACCACCAGCGUGGUCACCCCCGCUGUCACCACGCUGCCCAGCGGCACCCACACCAUCGGUGGUGUGACCACCGUCGUCGAGACCUCGACCACCAUCAUCUGCCCCUAUGCCACCGUCAAGCCCUCGGGUACCACCGUCACCAGCGUCAUUGAGCACACCACCUACUACUGCCCCGCCGCUGGUACCUACACCAUCGCCCCCACCACCACCUAUGUCCCCUCCAGCACUGUCGUGACCUACCCCGCCGUGUCCACCGUCACCCCUGGUGUCUACUCGCACACCGCUGAGGUUGUCACCGUUACCGUCACUGACUACACCUACACCUGCCCCUUCAGCGGCACCACCAGCUCUGCUGUGGCCGUGACCACUCCCUCCGCUGCCGCUGCUACCACCACUGUCGUCCCUGCCACCACUGCCGCUCCCGCUACCUCCAGCGUGAAGGCCAGCACUGUCUCCAGCGCUGUUGCCAGCUCCUCCAGCGCCGCUGCCUCCACCGGUGUUAGCGCCUCCGGUCUGAUGGGUAUGACCUACACGCCUUACACCAACGACAACGGUUGCAAGAGCACGGCCACCAUCACUGCCGACAUCAAGACCAUCGCCGAAAAGGGCUUCACCCACGUCCGUCUCUACUCCACUGACUGCAACACCCUCGAGACCAUUGGCGACCUGGCUGAGCAGCUCGGCCUCAAGCUGAUCCUCGGUAUCUACAUCUCCAACACCGGCACCUCGGGCGCCGAGAGCCAGGUCACCGCCAUCACCAAGUGGGGCAAGUGGGAACUGGUCAGCCUGGUCGUCGUCGGUAACGAGGCGCUCUCCUCCGGAUACACCGACAUCAGCUCCUUGACCAGCUUCAUCAGCUCGUGCAAGACCACCUUCGCCGCCGCCGGCUACACUGGCCAGAUCACCACCACCGAGACCGUCAACAUCUGGCAGCAGUACGGCGCCAGCCACCUCUGCAACGUCGUCGACAUCAUCGGCGCCAACAUCCACCCCUUCUUCAACUCUGAGACCACCGCCGCCGAGGCCGGUAAGUUUGCCACCGCCGAGUUCGCUCUCCUGAAGACGGUCUGCUCCAACCUGGAGAUCAUCAACCUGGAGACCGGCUGGCCCAGCAAGGGUAACGCCAACGGCGUCGCCGUCCCCGGCGUCUCGGAGCAGGCCAUCGCCAUCAAGGGAAUCCGUGAGGCCGUCGGCGGCACCUCGGUGUUCUUCUCGUACGCCAACGACCUGUGGAAGACCCCGGGCCAGUACGACGUGGAGCAGUACUGGGGCUGCAUCGACCAGUUCUAGAUAAUUGGUAAAAGGAGAAGCUAGAUAUGUGUACAGUUAUCAAAGGCCAUCUGUUGAUUUGAAUCUGGCUUGGAGUUUUUUAUUUAUGUUCUACACAUUUCGUGGGUUGGUGACGUUCCCAUCGUUGCAAGGUGCGGGACAUACGAUCGGACUGUCAAUAUUUUUUUAGUACCUUUUCUUCGUUUCAUACACUUGGACCAUUUUGUAGUAGAUAUCAUUUUCUUUUGCCGAUUGACUUCUGAUCAAUGUGUCUACUCACCGUCUUCUUUCUCUGUUCAAUUCCAUUACGCUUUCACGAUC